UUAAAUCAUGUCUUUCUAUUUUUAGUUUUAUGAUCAUCCAAUUUGUUGUAGCAAGUUUUGUAAAAUGUUCUAAUAUUGGUUUUGUAUUUGAACAUGUUGAACUUGAAUGUCUUGUUCUUUGUUUUUAUGCUAUUGGAUCAAAUUUGGUUAAAACAAUUUACUAUGAGCUUAUGACUGUUUGACUUUGAUCCCUUCCUGUUGUAUUGAGGGGUCCAAUAGUUUUUAUGUAGUUGAGGAAGAAAAUCAAUUAAGUUAGAUGAUUAUUGAUUCAUAUUGUCUUAUUGAUUUUAAUGAACUAUUUAUGAGGUUUGGUGUUGGAUUGGAAACUUAGUAGCAUGUGGAAUUGGGUUUAGAAAUAUAUGGCUCUAUUGUCCCCUAAGCCCUAAGUGUAGCUCAGUUUGUAGCGUUUGUAGCUACUAGAGACAUUAUUAGAGGGGCCAUGGUUCGAACAUCGGUUUCUUUACUCCCCCUAAAGCGUGUGAUUCCGACCACUAUGCUACUUGACCAAAAAAGAAGAAGAAAUAUGGCUCUAUUUGGAUAAAGAGAUUAACUUAGGGAUUUCGAUCCUCUACUGCAGUAUUUUCUACUGCCAUCUCUGCUGCUCAUAUCCGACGGCUGAGAAAUAAAGGCAACACUAAUAAUAAUAAUAAAAACAAAAAACAUAGAGUAAAAGGGUUAUCUAUAUCCUCUCUCACCUGAGUCACCCAAUCAACUCCACAGUCUUUCUUGAGUUUCUUCCACCGUUUCUAGCUCUAACAACAGUUCAAGUUGUGACCUGUGAGAACUCAUAAAAUGGAUGAUGAGGAAGUGGUGCCUGCAAACUCAGAGGCGGCGGCUGCUGUAGCGGCAAGUGAUACCACUGCAACUUCUCAUGGAAUUGAAGUGGCUGUGGAGUUUAAGCCUGUUGAACAUCCAGUUGAACCCCUUGACCAUGAUAGACCAAUUCAGUGUCCGUUGCCAGAACCUUCUAUUCUUAAUGAUGGAAGAAUAUGGAAAGAACGAGCAUCUGCUACCGUGCAUAGAAGAGGCGACCUGCCAGUAAUGAAAGAAGGGGGGACCCUUGAGCCUGAAGGUGGUGGUAGUACUACUCGGCCACGAAGAUCACGCUCUAAUCGAAUGAUCCUACCGUCUCUUAGUGCUCCUGAGCAUAAUCUUCUAAAACUUCUUGAAGAGUCGGGCAUCUAAACUGGUAUUUUGGUGGCAUAAUUUUUAUCUUAUCAACCUAAAUAUGGUAUACAUCUUUUGUCAUCCUUCACUAGCUCAAUGUUAUAUACCCCUGAAUUUGCAUAUGUAUACUCAUAAUGUAUAAUAAUUAAAGGUACUGUUUUACUUGGUUUAAUAUAUGAUGACUUGAGUAAUAUAAUUCGAUUUUCUA